AUGAUCGAAGCCCUACAGGCGAAGUGCAAAGAAACCAAGAUAUGCGCUCAUGGUCUUACAGAGAAGCUUGAGGCCUCUAUAUUAGAGGUCAUAAACUCUCAGGCGGAGUUACGCAAGGAGCUCAAUAAAGCCCAGAAAGAAAUCAACCAACAGGGGUUAAAGGCUAAGGGGCUAGAACAAGGUUUCGCGGUGUUGCAAGGAGAUUUGGAUAGACUUCAAGACAGUAGCAGACAUCUCAAGGGGAAGGUCAACAACUCAGAAGCAGAGACGAAUGCCUUCAAGGAGAACAACAUAACAAUCAACCAGCAAAGAUUUGAAAAUCUUACGAAGGGCUUCGAGGACUACCAAAACCAAACAAGCGCCCAUAUCACCAAUAUCAGACAGGAGAUUCAGGAGCAGGGUCCCAACAUCGCAAAGCUCGAUCAAAAGCUUACAAGCCUAGCGAGAGUGACAUACGAGCUACAGGACGCUCAGAGUGCGCUAAAGGAAAGGUUAAAGGACAUCAUCAAAGAAGAAAUUCAGUACGUGCAAAUCGCGGAUGUCAGCCUGCAACAUCAAGUCGAUGCGUUAUAA